AUGCCGCCCUUCAGCCUGCUGUGGAUAUUCCUGGCCUUCAGCUACUCUGGAUCUGUGGCCCAGAAAGUUACUCAAUCCCAGUCAGCCAGAUCCACGACAGAGGGGCGGGCGGUCACCCUGAACUGCCGGUAUGAAACAAGCUGGAGUUAUUACUAUAUUUUUUGGUACAAGCAACUUCCCAGCAAAGAGAUGAUUUUCCUUCUUCGCCAGGAUUCUGAUGGUGGCAAUGCAAACAAUGGUCGCUAUUCUGUUAGCUUCCGGAAAGAAGUUAAGUCCAUCGACUUGACCAUUUCAGCCUUAAGGCUAGAAGAUUCUGCAAAAUAUUACUGUGCUCUAGCAGAACGCACAGUGUUUGAAGAGAUAGUGAAGGCAAAACAAAAACCCCAGAGCUCAAAAAGACAAAGCACCCCCACCCCGUGCAGCAGGAGCCAAGCUGAAAUGCACAUCUGCAGAUCCCAGGCAAGAAAUGGCAGUGACUGUGGAUCCACUGUGGCCCAGAAAGUUACUCAAGCCCAGACAGCCAGAUCCAUGACCGUGGGGCGGACGGUCAGCCUGAACUGCCGGUAUGAAACAAGCUGGAAUUAUUACUAUAUUUUUUGGUACAAGCAACUUCCCAGCAAAGAGAUGAUUUUCCUUCUUUACCAGUAUUCUGGUAAUCAAAAUGCAAAGGAUGGUCGCUAUUCUGUCAACUUCCGGAAAGAAGUUAAGUCCAUCGAUUUGACCAUUUCAGCCUUAAGGCUAGAAGAUUCUGCAAAAUAUUACUGUGCUCUAGCAGAACGCACAGUGUUUGAAGAGAUAGUAAAGGCAAAACAAAAACCCCAGAGCUCAAAAAGACAAAGCACCCCCACCCCGUGCUGCGGGAGCCAAGCUGAAAUGCACAUCUGCAGAUCCCAGGCAAGAAAUGGUAGUGACUGUGGUCUGUGGACUUAA